CUUACAUGACAUUGAGCUUCUCAUUAUUAGCGCUGAGAACGCCGUGGUGAAAGAGCUGACAGACCUUUGGCUGUCGCCGACACGAUACGACUACUAGGGAAACAGCGUGUCGUAAGCCCAGUUCAUAACUGAAUAUGUAUUUGAUCUUGGCAAGCUUACGCUGCAGCUAUGGCACCACUGCUGGAAGUGCGCAAUCUUCGGCGCGAUGUGGCCGAGAGGAACAUCCUGUCCAACAUCUCCUUCGUGUUAGAGCCAGGUGAAAUCCUUUUCGUCCGCGGACCCAGUGGAGUUGGCAAAUCCCUUUUGCUCCGCGCGCUGGCGUGUCUGGAUCAACCUCAGGGCGGCACGCUGUUACUUAAUGGCUGCCCGCCUGCGCAAGUCGGCUAUCCCGCCUGGCGUACGGCAGUAUCGUACGUGCCCCAGUCACGUGCCAGUAGCCUGCGCGGCACCCCUGCUGAGCUGUACUUCCGCGCCCAGCGAUUUGGAUCCCAGCGCGGUCGGCCACGGGGCGAUCUGCCCGCCCUGAUCCACUCUCUGGGUUUGGAGCAGUCGGUGCUUAACCAGCAGUGGGGGGAGCUGUCGGGCGGCCAGGCGCAGCGGGUCACCCUGGCUGUGUCCCUGGCUCUGGGGGCUCGGGUGCUACUGCUGGAUGAGCCCACCAGCGCGUGCGACCCCUUGGCAACCCUCAGGGUAGAGCGCGUGCUGUCUAGCUGCGGCGCGGCGUUAGUAUGGGUCACACACGACCAACAACAGCCCACCCGCGUCGGCGGCCGGCUACUGGAGUUGCCGCUGGGGACUGUCGUACACCUGCCGCCGCUGACGCCGGCGCCAUCACUGCCGGCUUCGAUGC